AUGGAAGUUCACAACUCAUUAUCCAAGACGGGUAUUCUGAGCAAACUGAGUGCAACAAAAGAUCAACAACAAAGUACUUUUUGGGUGGUUGACGAACCAACUUCAUCACCCAAACUACCCAAUCUGACCACGGAACCAGUAACUAAAACAACAACAACAACACCAUCAUCAUCGUCACAAUCAUCUACGCGUCAGAUAGCUCUUGGGUCGACUGGCGAAGAGAGUAGACAUCCAUUUGACGGACGAUUAUCGAGUAAUCAAAAUAUGCAGGAUCAACACCACCAUCUUGAACCACUGUACGAACUCGCCCCGCAGACGCCUCUAGCUGAUGCCCAGAACAACGGUGAGCAAAACUCGUCUACUUCUUCCUCAAGUAGACUCACGGGAAGAAAAGUUGCCCGUUCUUUGAGGAUUUUCAGGCACGCAAACAAUGACGACGAAGGGCGCGGGUCGUCAGAAUAUGACGCUGCCGAUGUCAGCAGAGUGGCACUUGCCAGUCCUCUCAAGGAACAGGAUGGGGUCGAUGUCAUUGACUUGGAACCUGUGUCCUCGGCAACCUAUAUUCCUCACACCCCAGCCUACAAGGGAACAACAUCCACAGAUAAGCUCGAUCUGUUUCGACAUUUGGAGCUCGAGGAUCCACGGAUACCAACGCUGGCAGCAGCGCCUCAGCAUCUAACGGCAAAUGUCGAGUUUGACCAUAGUGUCAAUGGCAACAUUACCAACUUUUCCACAAUCUUGAAUAAUGAACUAAAGGGAAAUAAAAGCAUACAACAGAAGGAAGUGGAGAAGAUUGAGAAAAUCAUCCAUUAUUCAAGAGCUUCAACCCCGGCCGAUAUUUUGGAAAGGGAAACUGGUGCACUUGACAACACCGUGGUCUUGAAAGAUCAACAGAGUUUGGACAAGAACAUUGAGGAGUUUCCCUUGCCAGUAGAGUUGAGACCGUUCAAAAACAAGGUUGGGGGCCACACUGCAAUCUUUAAAUUUUCGACGCGAGCGGUAUGCAAGGUUUUAGUCAAUAGAGAGAAUAUAUUUUACGAAUCCGUUGAGAUAUACCAUCCCGAGCUUCUAAGAUUCAUGCCCAGGUAUAUUGGGGUAUUGAACGUCCGGUAUUCUAGUAUGGUGGACGAGAAGGACGUGCAAGCGGAGGAAAAAGACAAGGAAAAAGAAAAAGAAGAUGGAAAAGAAGACAGAAAAGAAGACGAGGUUGAAGUGAGGAAUGAAGAGAAAAGGAAGCUGGAAAAUGUACCAGAGGUGGUUCUAGACGAUAACAAACACAUAAUUCCUGAUACGUUGUGGAAACAAUACUCGAGCUCGUUUCCCUCGCCAAAAUUCAGUUCGUUGGGCAGUACGAAAACCAGUCCCGUGCCAAGUUUAACAAACUCGCCAGUACAGAGACCCAACCAGGGGGCAACGUUGGUGAAUACUGAGUUGCAAGUUCAGGUGUUGCAGGAAGUAUUUCUACCAACUUUUAAACUGCUGGAUGACGGGUUUUUCAACAUGGACGAAGAAUUGCACAGGAGCAAUCAUCAUCAUCAUCACCACAAUCAUCACGCCAGCAACCAAGAUCAUCUUAGUCGUCAAAAUUCAGCUGCACUGAUGACAAGUUUGCCUAGACAUCCAUUCUUACGCAAGCACACUAGAUUCGAAAGGUUCAUCUUGUUGGAAGAUUUGACUUCCAAUAUGAGCAGACCAUGUGUUUUGGACUUGAAGAUGGGCACUAGACAAUACGGUAUUGAAGCAAGUGCAAAGAAGCAAAAAUCACAGCGACGCAAAUGCUUUGUAACGACAUCAAGGCAAUUGGGAGUGCGUGUUUGUGGUUUACAAAUCUUUACUCAUGACAAUCAUUUCUUGGUCAAAGACAAGUACUUUGGGCGGCGAAUAAAAGCAGGCGUGCAAUUUUGCAAAGUCUUGGCCAAGUUCUUGUACAAUGGGAAAGACAUCUAUUCGAUCUUGUUCCGAGUCAUCCAUCUCAUCAAUCAGUUUAAUGAACUUCACAGUAUCUUUAGUGCAAUUCCCGGGUACAGAAUGUACGGUUCGCUGGUGUUGUUGAUGUAUGAAGGCGGCGGCAAUGCUGGUGCUGGUGGCUACGACCAAGUUCAGGUUAAGAUAAUAGACUUUGCUCAAUCAGUCAGUUCGGAAGAAGAGAUUGAACAUGCACACAUUCCACCAUUGCAUCCACAUGAUGUUGAUCUUGGGUAUCUACGUGGUCUUUACUCCUUGAUCCAAUAUUGUAAAUACAUCUUUCACAUUUUGAGUGAGACCAAGAUAGACGACACCGACAAGAUGCAAGACUGGAUUGAUGAGCAUAGACAAUUACUAGACACCAAUUGUUUGUGGUUGGAUGAUUAUGCCGAAGUUGAUAAUCAAGUAGAUGGUGGUAUUAACGACAUCGAUGCUAAUGACCCUUUUAAUAUUGACUAUUCUUUAGAUUAUGACGAUAAUAAUAUGUCCGAAUAA